AAAAAGUAUAUGCUUGGUAUUGGGUCCAAUAUGGUUGGAUAUGUUUGGGGCGAUCGUAUGCAUUUUUACUUACUUCAGUGUUGAUCUUCUUGAUUCGCAAACUGAACAGUUGGGCUGGCCAGUGCCACACGUAAAGUCCACUUGUAACUUGAUCACUUCGAAAGGCGCAGAUGAGUACUUGUACGAUAGACUAAAAAAUAAAGCAAAGUCACCAUUUAAUCAUUUUCUUAACUUCGGGUCGGGUAUGUUAUUUCACUUCUUUAGACAGUUUGUUUUGGUGUUUUGAUUCGACCUCCAAGUGAGUUUGGAUUCAGAGCGUGAAAACGAAAGGCCCACUUGUCAAGAUCAAUCUCAAACCCACUCACCUCUAGAUUCAAGGACGGUAGCAUCUUAAAUUCCUAAUCUACCAUCAAGACUACUUAACGCAAACAUGGUGAUGAUGAUCGCUGCCGCCGGCAUAGGGCUUGCCAUAGGCGCCCUUGCCUCACGCCAGCCUCUUGUGGCCUUUCUCACCACUAUGUCCCUCUACAUCGUUACCCUGCUCAUUGUGUUCACUGCCUUUCAUAUUCGAGUCAUCAGACGUCGCCGCAGAACAGUAGAUGCCAAACUGGCUUCUCUCAACCAACGUCGCACCCCCUAUGACUACCGUAUCUUCGUCCUGGGCUCUGGAGGUCACACCAAGGAGAUGCUCAUGAUGAUGGACGAUGGCUUCUGUAACUUUGACGGUUUUCACCGACGAUAUCUGAUCUCUUCUGGUGAUACCAUGUCGGAGGAUCAUCUUGAAGAUUACGAAGCAGACCUGAAGACACUGUGUGCUGCUGAGGGCACCAACCCAGGAGCAUACGAUGUUUUCACCGUCACUCGUGCGCGCCGUGUUCACCAAUCACUCCUGACUACUCCCUACACAGCAUUUCUCAGCAUGGUCAGCAUCUUCCCGGCUCUGUUGACUCCGCCACCCAAAGUCGACGGGGUUGAGCUCGUGCAUCCUACUUGUAUCUACUCCAACGGACCCGCGACUGGCUUCUUCGUCGGCCUGGCAGUGCACCUCCUCAAGAUCCUGGGAAAGAUACCUGAGAACUCGAUGCACUUCAUCUACAUCGAGUCAUGGGCACGUAUCAGCACCCUGAGUCUAACUGGCAAGCUCUUCUACUACACCGGCAUCGCGGACGUUUUGGUGCAGCACAAAGAAGUCGCUGAAAAGUACGGACUCAGAAACUGUGGCGAGAUGGUCUUUAACGCUCGGCGACCGGAUGUUUCAUCGACAGAUGAUAAGAUGCUGGGGUGAGAUCCCAAUCCAAGAA